UGUCCAAAUGGUGAUCGACUUAUACUUCGUGGGUCCGAGUCCUCCGUGUCGGGCAGUAAUGAUGGCCGCAAAACACCUCAACAUUAAACUUAACCCCAAUUUUGUGGAUCUAAUGAAAGGCGAACAAAAGGAAGAGUGGUUUCUUAAGCUGAAUCCUCAACACUGUUUGCCCACUAUUUGUGACAACGGAUACGUCUUAUGGGAAAGAAAUAUUGGCGAAUAUUUGGCACCCAUUAUGAGAGACGGCAAACAUCCCAAUGAUUUGGAUCCAGAAAAGGGAAAGAAAAUCAAAGAAGCGCUUCAGAUAUUGGACGACUCGCUGGCACUACAGAGUUAUGUCGCCGGCAAUGAUAUCACUUUAGCUGAUCUCUCGGUUCUGGCGAGCCUUUCGUUGGCCGAAGUGUUUGAUUACGAUAUGAUUAGUAUUUACAAGAAUGUCAAGCAAUGGAGCGAUCGUUUGAAGCGAGAUCUGCCCUAUUAUGACGAGAUCAACAAAGAGCCCAUCAAUAUGUUUAAGGCUUAUGUCAAGUCCAGAGCCGCCGAUCAGAGCACUAAUAUUCAA